AAAUGUGCUGUGGCGGCGCGUCCGUGUGUAUUGGUAUCUCCCCAUCGGUGUAGUAUAACCGAAGCAGUGUAGCUUUUGAAAUAGUUUCAGUUCAAUGGUAAAAUCUCUUUCUUUGCGAAUUCUGUUCAUAUUGUGUGCACACGGUUCCAGUCGACUCUAGAGGAUCCAAUCGAGUUUUUAACACAUCGGCUUGAAACAUUCAACCGUUUUAUUCGAGAGUGAAGAAGAAGAAGAAGAAAACAAAACAAAACAAAAUGACUGACAAAGCACCAGCCGAUUCAACUGCAUUAGAAAUGCAUGAGAAUCACGAUAACAGCGAUGUCACCGAACAGCAAAUGAAUGCACAGUACCUAUUGAACGCGCCAGCUUACAUGUCGUCAGCCGUGCGUCGUCAGUUACUCCAAGAAAUGGUCAAAGGUUUGCCUGCAAAUGUACAGAAACGUAUCAAUGCACUUCGCAACAUCGAACUCGAGCGUCUACAGCUUGAAGCCAAAUUUUACGAAGAGGUUUAUGCAUUGGAACGAAAAUACCAAGACCAAUAUCAGCCAUUGCAUGACAAACGAAAGGCCAUUGUCACCGGUGAAUUGGAGCCAAGUGGCAAAGAAACCGAAUGGAACUAUGAAGCAAACGAUGAAGAUGUUACACCUGAAGUACAAAGUAUUACGAAUGAAUUGCGAAAAAAUUUGCAGCUAAACUAUCAAGAUGAUGUGAAAGGUGUACCCGAUUUCUGGUUGACCAUCUUCCGUAACACAGAAAUGUUGUCGUCAAUGCUUCAGGCACCCGAUGAGCCGGCACUCAAAAAAUUGAUUGACAUCAAAAUCAUUUACGAACAGGAACCGAUGUCGUACACACUGGAAUUCCACUUCGAACCAAAUGAAUAUUUUACAAAUACGGUGCUAACGAAACAAUACUUCCUGAAAUCGAAAGUCGACGCUGAGUAUCCGUUUACAUUUGAAGGGCCGGAAAUUUACAAAUGUGUCGGCUGCAACAUUGACUGGCACAAGGGUAAAAAUUUGACAGUCAAAACCAUUAAGCGAAAGCAAAAGCAUAAGGCACGCGGUGCUGUGCGCACAGUCACCAAACAAGUGCCGGCCGAUUCAUUUUUCAACUUCUUCAAACCGCCACAAAUCCAAGAUGAAAGCAAAAUUGAUCUCGAAGACCAAGCUAUUCUAAGCACUGACUUCGAAAUUGGCCACUUUUUGCGAGCUCGCGUUAUUCCAAAGGCAGCCGUUUACUACACAGGCGACUUUGUUGAAGAUGACGAUGAUGAUGACUAUGAUGAAGAAGAGGAAGAAGAAGAAGAGGAAGGCGAUGAAGAUGAAGACGAAGAAUCGGAAUCGGAACCAGAAAGUCGGCCAACUGGAAAGCAACAACGCGGUGGACACGGUGGACACGGUGGACAUGGUGGUGCCGGUGGCAACAAAAAGAAGGGCGGCGCUGGUGCCGGUGGUGCUGUCAGCCAAGGUACACCAGCCGAAUGCAAACAACAAUAAGAAAAAUCAAAUAAACCGAACGCAAACACUUCACUUCGCCAACAUCGCACACACACACACACACACAUAAUCAAUGUGAUUUUAUUUUUGUUUAUUACAAUUUUGAACAUUUGCUCUUAAUUAUCCCUCUUUUUCACACGUUGUCUUACGAACAUUUUGUUUUCGUUGAUCCAACACUUUACAACAUACAAAUUGCAAAUCAAAUUAUUUGACUAAGCCAUCAAAACAACAACAAGAAGAAAAUUGUAACCAAAAUUGAAUGUUCGUUAAGAUAUAUCAUUUCGUCAAAUUGGUCACUUUUUUAAUUUAAAGAAAGAAAAAAAAAACAACAAUUUAUUCAAAUAAAAUGAGAAGAAAAAACAACAACAACAACAACAACAAUAACAACAUGAAUUUAUAACUAACGAAAAGCAAAAA